AUGGUGGUGGUUUUGAGCUCCCCUGUCAAACUCGUUGGCUUGAGCCAAGGAACUGCAAAUGGCGUUCAAGCCAUAGUCAAUCUGCAGUUCCGAAAGGAACAUUCUGCCUUAUUGAGUCUCUUCGAAGAAUUGCGAACCAAAGUUGAUAAGUCAUCUGCCGAUGCAGAGCGUAGAGUUGAGGAAUCUCAGAAGCAACUGGAAGAAACCGAAAAGCGGUUAAAGAUACUUGAAAUCGAGUGCCGAGACUUGACGCAGAAGAACCGAAUAUGGGAGGAUGAGGUGAAAGGUUUGUGGGGCAAAAUGAUGAAGUUAGGAGAAUUAAUGGAAGCAGGUACCCGCGCUGCAUCUGCCGCUCCUACUCAUGAUCGGCUCGAUACUAAUGAUCUACGACCAUCUCCGUUACCACCAGUAAUUGCCUCGCCUGGUCUUGGUCGUCGGGUUAUCGAAGAUCUACAACAUCCAAAAUUAACAUCUACCAUCGCAUGUUCUCAGGCAGAAGCCGAAGUGCCAGCGCUCGAACAGCAUACAUCAACAUCCACUGCCGAGCAGCCCGAACCGACUUCACGAUCUACCUCAGACCUCUCACCAGUAUCUAAUACAACACUACAAGACCGUGUUCACCAUCCCCUGCAUAGACACGAGACAAACCAAAGAAUGUCAUCACUCACACAUGAUAGCCAAACGAGUCUACCCCCUCCACCAUCACCACUAGCAGCCACUCCAGCGAACGAACAAAUCCUAUCGUUGCCAGACAAGCCAUUACAAAAAGCCACCUCCCGCGAAGUUGCUAGUAGACCACCUUGGGCUAACAUUUCACAAGCCCCGGGUCAAAAUAUCGAAGCUUACUUGACCCAUGCAGCAGAAUACGUUGGGUCUAUCAAAUUAGGAAAACCUCAGUUCGUGUUCAUAGGAAGAUUCAUUGGAGGACUGCUGGACGAGCAACAUCGCGACGCCCUACUCAAGCAGUUGAGGAAGAAAUUCUCUUCUCGCGUUACCAAGGACGGAUUUGUUGAAGUCAGGUGUGGCUUCGCGGAUGUAGGAGACGCAUUAAUGGCUGCUGGGCUGCUCGGAAGCAGAAAUAGAAAAAGAGACUCUGAUGAUGCUGGCAUGAAUGAUGCUGAGAUGAAUACAGUAGACAAAAAGAGAAAGACCCUGGAAUCUCAACUGUCCGAGGAAGAUGAUGAUGAACUAUAA